GUUGACAUUGACAAUUCUAAAAAUCGCGGUGGAAUUUGAGGUUAUUUUCGUUUUUCUGGAAUUAUUGUUUUAAAAAUCCACCAAGAUGCCUUUCAUGAAAGGAAGAGCCCCUAUCCGCCGCACACUGAACUAUUUAAACGCUGGGAGGUUAGUUCUGAAGGACAAAGUCAAAAUUUUCUCGGUGGCGUACAACAUUAAUGGUACCAACAACAACGGUGCUAAAGAGUUCGUUUUCUGGUAUUUGCCUCAAAUACAGUAUAAAAAUCCUGAUGUGCAAGUUGCUACGUUGAAGAAUCUAACACCUUCACCGUUUAUCAAGUGUUAUUUCGAAGAUGGAAGGAAGAUUUUGGUGGAUGUCGACAACAAAUCGAAAGAUGAGAUUUUGGAGCAUUUGAUAGCGACUGUGGGGAAAUCCAAAGAGGUUUUAGAAGCGGAGGCGAUUGCUGCAGAGAAGAAAGACAAUCCUGCGAACUUUGGUGUCGGCUGCGAGCGACCGUGUAUAUGUGAAGUGUAUGGUCAAAUUCCGUGCCCUGGUGUAGUUCCUUUGCCCAAGUUCAUGAGAGGAAAAUACAAAAACCCGGCCAAUUAAGACAUUUGUUACGUUAAGAC